AUGGCUUCCAGCGGCUUCAGUUUUGAGUCACAACACUCAACAGGUGCGUCCGCCUCCAACAACACAACAGGUUCGAAUUCAACUCCUAAUAGUGGGAUUCACUAUCUUCCCAUUAAGUUCACCAAUGACAGUUACUUGCUCUGGAAGGCAAAAUUGCUGCUGAUCCUCUACACAAAUAGAUUAAUGGGGUAUGUAGACGGGUCAAUUGCUGCACCACCACAAUAUAUACCAGAUCCGGUCAAUGGUAACUGGAUGAUUCUCAAUCCCGCACCUUCAAAGUGGUCUAAGAAAGAUCAGCUAGUCUUAUCCUGGAUCAUUGUGUCACUCAUGGAGAACAUGUUCGCUCAAUACAAGAGACAACUUCAAAGUCUCAAGAAAGAAGGUAUUUCUAUUUUUGAAUAUGUUCGGAAAGCUAAAUCCAUAACUGAUAGCCUUGCAGCUGUCACAGAACUUGUUAAGAUGAGUGAUUUGAUUCUUUAUAUACUAGCUAGAUUAGGUUCAGAAUAUGAAUCUGUUGUUAUUGUCAUUACUAAUAGGUCUGAUAUAGAGGACCUCGAUAUUGAUGAUGUUUUAGGCAUUCUUCUUGGCCAUGAAGGCUGGUUAGAACAGAAUGCUACUCAUGUUGAUGCCACACCCCCUGUAGCUAAUACUACUAAUUUUAAAAACAAGAAUCAAAAUAACAAUCAAUAUACUACUUCUGGGAACAUCCACGGGAGAGGCAGGGAGCACGGUUCUUUAGACAACCGCACAAAUAAUGGUGGUUGA